UGCGGCUGCAGUAUCAAAUCAGGAUGGCUCUGCAGCAACUGGGCUCUCUUCUACGCUACCCGUCAUGAGCCCCUGACUACUAUCCCCUGUCUUCAGCUGUACCUAGCCUACUUAACAAACAAGCUUGGUUGGGUUGCGUCACCUUUUGCCAAGAUGAAGAUCAACAAGGACCUCCUGCCCAUCAAACUCCACUAUUUCCUCAGAUAUGCAGGGUCUGCUCCACAGACGUUGCUGCUGCCGAUGAUGGUACGACAGAAGGGGUUGUCUACCCAGGUAGUGGGGCUGUUGUGGACGGUGCUGCCCAUAGUAGGACUCAUUACCAACAGCGUCUUGGGCACUAUGGCUGACUAUUAUAAGGCACACCGCACAGUCUUCCUGGGCAGCAUCAUCUUCUUAACGACGGGCAUCACCGCCAUAUACUGGACACCGAAGAUUUGCUUUAAUGAAGUGGUUCUAAAUCCCAAUCACAAUCUCACAGCCUUCACCUCAAACCAGAGCUUCACUUUUCUCAACCUCACCGUAGACACAACCUUCACCAAGCAUUCUAACGUACUUGAUGACUCUAUGUCCCGCAUAGACCAGCAAAUGGUCGUGGAGGGCCAGGCUCCGCCCCUUGAUCUCAUGGUGUCAUCAAGGGGGGAGUUAGCCAUCCAAGCAGACACCAUCGCCGGCUUCGUCAAAUAUCCCCAGUUUUGGCUCGUCUCCCUCUGCCUGAUGAUCGAACAGAUGGGUAUCAUUACUUGUGUCACGAUCUCUGACGCCGUUUGCUUCCAGAUCCUUGGGUCGGAGCGACAAAAGUACGGACAGCAACGUCUGUGGGGAACCAUCGGCAUGGGUGUGAUGGCUGUUAUAUCUGGCGCCUUGGUAGACGUGUACUCCCGUGGCCUUCCCCAGCAGGACUAUCUCCCAGCCAUCAUCUUGUGCAUAGUGCUGAUGACCAUCGACCUGGCGGUGGUGGCGAGAAUAAAGAUUCCCUACACUAAGGGUGUCAAACUCAACCUGGGAGAUGUGGGCCAUGUCCUACGGCGUCCCCAGGUCCUUCUAUUUUUGGUAACAGUGUGUGUGAUGGGGUCAUCAUUGGGUGUGCUGUGGGUGUUCAAGCUAAUGUUGGUAGAGGACGUGGCCCUGGCCUGGGACCCGCAGUUCCCCGAUCUCAAGCUCCUCCAAGGACUGGUAAUAGGAAUAGAAGCCUUUGGAGGGGAACUUCUCUCCCUCUUCAUAGCAGGAAGACUGAUUCAGCGUUUGGGUCACACACUCGUGAUGGGAUUGGCUUUCGCCGCCAUGUCACUGCAAUGUUGCCUCGUUUACACCAUCACUAACCCUUGGUGGUUCCUGCCACUCCAGUUCCUCAACGGCACGAGCUACGUCCUUUUCCAUACAGCCAUGUCAUCUUACGCCAGCCGUAUCGCUCCUCCGGGAGCCCAGUCCACCAUGCAGAGCGUCGUCAAGAUCUCCUUUUUACUCGGACAGUCAACGGCCGGGCUCAUUGGUGGGGUGUUGUUCCACUUACUGGGUGGCUCCCUCACCUUCCUCGCCCUCGGCCUCGCUGACCUCACCUACCUCAUUAUCUUCAUUGUCUUCCAGUUCCUCCUCAGGAAAUAUUGCAGACAUAAAAAGACCUUUUGUGACUCAUGUUGUGUAGAGCCAGGCAACUCACUCACCUCGGGUGAGAACUCAUCUGAUUGUGAAAAGAUUCCUGAACCCGCCAAGGAGCCACUUGUCGACGAUGCGGUGAAUGAAAAGGAGAAGUCCCUUAUCGAACCUGUGUGAAUGCUCACCGUGACUGAAGAAUCAUUGUAAGCAGACUACAAGUAGAACUCUAUAUCUCGUAGCUCCUAACUUUGUGAGUUCUGCCCUGUUGUGACAGGUUUUUAUAAGUCCUAGCACUACGUGUUUGUAGUGUUUGUAGGUAGUAGGUACAUAGGCAGCUACCAAACAGGGAGGUACUCCCGCCUAAGAAGAUAUUGGAAGCAUAAUGUGUUGUCGAAUUGUAGAC